AUGCUGUUAUCUGCUUUUGGGUCGCCGCGGCGGCUAAUCAUCUUGACAAUCCUCGUCUUCCUGGCCAUCGUCGUACUCGUGCGCAAUUCGACAUACUCCGAAUACCUACCCCAGGUCGAUCUACCCUCAUUCAGCAACGGCAAGGUCCCAGGAGACACAACGACAGGCAGUAGCAGUUUUGCGGAAGAUUCGCAGGGCGAGUUAUGGCAGGAAUACAAGCCUGAGCAGGACAAGGUUCAGCCAGCGCCGCCUCCGCCGCCAAAGGAGCAAGAAUACGAGGAGAAGCCUGUCCACACCAGCAUCCUCACCUCCGUCUCGCAUUCGUCCAGCGCAUCGUCUUCCUCGUCUUCCAAUUCAGCAAGCACGUCUGCCACGAAAUCCAGUUCCAUUGCCAAAACCACACCUUUGGUACAUGCUUCGUACAAGGAGCUACAGGCAAAGAUCAAGGACUUUAUCAAAUGGGAUCGUCCCACAAAGGGUGCCCAUUGGCCUGGCUAUGAUGAUUAUGUCGACAAGGAUUACGAUCCGAACCGCUGGGAGGGCCUCCCCAUGAACGUCGACUUCUACGCAUCCAAUGGCAUCAAGCAGCUCGAGAAGAUGGGCUUGAACGCCUCCGUAUAUUCCCCUUACCCCGAUUACCACUCGUCCGGCUACAAGAAGCAAUGGGCAGGCGAAUACGCUUCCUGCAAGGGCCCUCGCGGUCAGACAUUGGACAAGAGCCCGGAAGACUUGGUCAAGGCAUGGCCACAACUCCCACACAACUUUCCCAACGUUAGUGUUGGCACAGAUCUGGGUCUCGACCUCCACUCUUGCUUCGAUCGCGAGUUGCGCUACGCUCCCUACGACAGCUCCUCCAGGGACGCUCCUGAGUGGCAGAAUGUCAAUUGGGGUAAGCUACAAGACGAGUGUUUGAGCACGAACAAGGGACGCUACGGUGAACACCAGCGCAAGUCUAUGCAGCUUAGACCCAGCAGGACCAUGCCCAAGGAAGACGAAUCAGACAAGAAGGCAGAGUCCACAUCCGGCGCUAAGCCUCACCACCGUACUGCCAUUUUGAUCCGUACUUGGGAGGGCUACAAGUACACAGAGAACGACUUGCAAGCCAUUCGCUCUCUAGUCACAGAGACUUCGCUUCUCAGUGGCGGAGAGUACCAGGUCUACUUGUUUGUAAACGUCAAGCAGCGCGACGCCGACAUUUACGACAAUGAAGAAACCUACAAGAGCGUACUACACCAGGUUGUUCCCGAAGAACUCCGUGACAUUUCCGUCCUAUGGACCGAGAAGGUAUGCGAGGAAUGGUACCCUAGAGUCGGCGACUGGCAAGUCUAUUGGAUGCAAUUUAUGCCUCUGCAGUGGUUCUCAAAGACACAUCCCGAGUUCGACUAUGUCUGGAACUGGGAGACCGAUGCCAGAUACACCGGAAACCCCUACCAUUUCCUCGAGCAGGUUUCUUACUUUGCUCAGAAGAUGCCGAGAAAGCACUUGUGGGAGAGAAACUCUCGUUUCUACAUUCCCGAGGCACAUGGUGACUACAAGUCAUAUCUUGCAGAUACCGACGGAGCCAUUGCUAAUGCUACAAAAGAAGGUAGCAUGACUCCUGUAUGGGGCGCUCUUCCUUACUCUGCUUCUCAGGUCACCAUUGGCCCAAAGCCACCUCGUAAGCAGGAAGAAGACGACUUUUCCUGGGGUGUAGACGAACAAGCCGAUCUCAUUACUCUCCAACCGAUCUGGGACCCCAAUGACACCCAAUGGUCCUUCCGCCACAAGAUCUGGAACUUCAUUCCCGGCGUACGACCAAUCUUCACAGCCGACAACGGCAUUGCCGAGGGUUUCUACCACGAAGGCUUCGAGACCAUCCCCCGCCGUACUUUCAUCAACACACUCGCCCGCUUCUCCAAACGGAUGCUCCACGCCAUGCACACAGAAAACCUCGAAGGCCGCGCCAUGCAAGCGGAAAUGUGGCCCGCGACCGUCGCUCUCCAACACGGUCUCAAAGCCGUCUAUGCACCCCACCCAAUCUGGUCAUCCCACCACUGGCCAGCCUGGUACGCCGACGCAAUCUUCAACGCCGAUGCCGGAAAGCCCGCCCGCUGGAGUCAAGAAUUCGACUCUGCGUAUGCACAUGACCGUGAAGUCAAUUUCAAGACAUGGUCGUGGUAUUACGCCACCGAUUUCCCAAAGACGCUGUUUUGGCGAUGGUUGGGCUGGGAAGCUGAGGAUAAGGGGUUGGGCAGUUGGGGUGGUAAACAGGAUGAAGAGGAGGGUAAAGAUAUUAGAGGGAUCGGUAUGGUGGGGGGAGAGGGUAAGAUGUGUUUGCCUGGUAUGCUGCUGCAUCCUGUGAAAAAGGUUUCGAAACCUCAGGGACAGAAUUAG